CCAAUAUUUACUAAAUUGUUGUCUCAAUUAUCACACGAUUAUCACCGAAAACAAUGGCCACAAACGGAUCCACUGCACCGCAAGUGAUGGCCGAACCAAAAUCAAUGAAGACAUUGUUUACACUACUGUCGGGUUCGGUGGCCCUCAAGAGCGAAGAGUUCAUCGCCGAAGAGUUGAACAAUUGUCGCCACCAAUUGGCAAAUGGUUUGCUGUAUUAUCUCCGCCACAAUCCGGCGGUGGACUCGCUGUCGGAGCUGAAGAAGCGCGACUCGUCGGCGUUCGGCGCCUUCACUCCCGAGUUGAUGUCCAAAGCGAGUCUUCUUCUGGAUCUGAGUCACAAAGAGUGUAACGAAUUGUUUAAUUCGUAUCUUUGCUACGAAUUCAAAGGCACUCCGGAAUCGAUGAAACAGUUGUUCUCCAAUGAGAAGCAAAGUCGACGACUUCUAUACGAUUUGAAUGAUUACUAUCGCAGCGAACGGCUCUUCACUUUGUUUUGUUUGAAACAAAUACUCAGUCAUUGGAGCACUUCUUCAGAGCACAUGUAUCAACACAUAUUUCGCUCAUUCCUCGAGACCAUCAAUGAUAGCAAUCAGUUAUAUCCGAAACUUGUGGAGCAAUUGGUGCACUUGAAUGAGUGUCCGGUGCCCUCACGGCUCUCAAACGGUCCGUAUUUUACUGAAUCGCUGGCUAAAGAACACCUGCACCACAAUCUUCGGGAACAAACGGAGAUCUUAGAGCUCUUACUCCUGUAUAUCAAGGGUUUUGAGACAUCGAUGGACAACAUUAUUGAAUUGCUAUCACUGUUCGCGUCGAAUGGUUUUGGCGUAAAGUUUGCUCACUUUAACAGAACUGAUUGCGAUUAUAUCGGCGAAGAAGUGUUCAAAUUCAUCGGUUUCCUGCAGUCACUGGUGAUCGUCGAGUGUCUGGACCUGAAGUGGUUAUACGAGUGUCAGGAGAAGGACAUCGAGUGUCAACUCAUGAAAGCCGAUAACGUUAAGCAACUGAAGAAAUUGGAUUCUCUUGUCGUGAAUCUAAACUCAGUGACUGUCGAACACUCGCCGAUCUUCAUGUCGUGGAUGAUUGUCCGGAGCUGGGAAUCAGCCGAUCCUCAGCUCACGGCUACUAUCGAUGCGGUGCCUCUAUUGGGCGCCACCGCAGUACAGCUCAAUGUCUUCGGUUAUCUCGAAAAGUGUCUAAACUUACCGCAAGUGAUAGCGUUGAACGGAACCGUUGUCUCCGAUUUAAUUCAUCGAGCGAUUAGUGAUUUACUUUCGGUCACAUUCAACGUGUUUAACAUCGAAAUGCUUAGACAUUCUGUUCCGGCGCUCAACCAGUUGUGCAUUAAAUUAUUCCGAAACAGUUAUAUCGCCAGCGAUUUGUUCAAACAUGGAUUGGACUCCGGACUCGGGUUGAUAGUGAGCUCAGCUCUUCAAAACUUUCCCCUUCGAGCGAAUCCUGUAUUGAGUUUUUGUCAGUCUUUGUCGGAAACCAAUUAUUGCAAACAAAUUUUUGAAAAGUUAACCAUUUUAUCAAAUCUGACCACUUUUACGGAGCCGUUUGAUAGCUCUCUGUCCACAUGUGUGCCCACAGAAGAAGAUUCAAUAUAUUGUUUAUUAAGAGAUAAAUUGUUGUUCAGAAAUACGGAACUCGUCAUCAGAAAAGAGACAAAAGGUUUGCUAAAAAUUGUGAACAAUAGCCGCGCGAUUGAAUGGAUGGACACUAAUAUUGAUGGAUGGAAAUUGAUUUACCAUCGAUUCAGAGAACAGUACGAUCUCGUGAGUAGAGGACAACUUCACUCUGUGUCUGAGAUAGCGAUCAACGAAAUGAGUCAAAUCACAACCAUUUGCUCUAAUCUUAUAAAAAACAAUUGUUCGCAACAUAUCUCAGCCUUCAAUAGACUCAUCACUUUGUGUUUAGAAACCUAUGACCUGUUCUCGAGUGUUGAGAAUCCGCCGCGACUUCUGAUGGCAUCCAUACUAGAGUUGACGGCAGCCAUGAUUGCAGUCGAUUACAGUCAUGACACGGCUUCGCUUUGGCAGCGAAUCAAUGGCAAGUCAUUCAUGCCUUAUAUGAUUGGAUUGACAUCUGAUCUGAAAGAAGUUAUCGCUGGUAACGAUACAAACACAUCACUUUUGGGUCAAUUGAUCGCAUCGGAAGAAUGCAUUAAAGGCCGAUACGAGCUGUGCAUCGCAUUCCUCAAACUCAUUGCACAAGUGGUGAAGAAAUCAGAUUUGAAAGACGAUAACAAUUUGACCGCUUCUCUAGUGUUUAUUAUCAAAGAGAUAUUUCCGUCCCAUUAUUUCUGGAGUUUUAACAAUCAAAACGAGUUCUUCAAAAUCGGAAGACUCUGUUUCGAUAUCUUUCAUACGGUUUUGUCGAAAAGCGAUUAUAACUCUAACCGAUGCCGUAUUGGAGAGUUGUGUACCAGUGCUCUGAUGGAUGGAAACGCUUCACAAACUCUCUUAAAUGUGAUCAAAAGCGGAGAGACGAGUGUCCGGAAUGUGAUAAUGAGUGCCGGAAAUGAUAACUCUCUAUCAGAUGACGACCAGAUUGUGAUCGUUCGGCAGUCGCUUUCCAUUUUGAAUUAUCUGUUGAUUUUGACCACAACUCCCAAUAACACGUCCGACAAGUCGUGCAGUCACAUCGAAACGGCUGUAUUCUCGACACAAAGUAAGCCAAAUAUGUUACUCAUUCUCUCGCAUUACGUCCUCCAACGAUACGACACCCAAUUGGCCACUUUGGCCGUACAGUUGUUGCGCCAAUUGGCCAAACGCUUCCCGAUGUCAAUGCUGGCCUGUCUGGGCUCAGACGCAGAGUCAAUGCGCGAACACUUUCUCUUCCGUUUGGAUCAAGUGACCGAAGAUCUCCACUUUAAGGUGGCGUUAUUGAACUUCUUGUCGUCGUGUGUCGAACGACAGCCGGGAUUAAUGGAAAUGUUCUUAAAUGUGGACAACAAUCCGCUGAACGACAAGAGCGACAACAAUACCACCGGUUGUCUGCAAACGGUGUUAGAAAUACUGAGUGAGAAACGUGAGGCCAAAUACACGUAUCCGUUUGAACUGCAUUUGGCAGCGCUUAAGUUCCUCUACACCUUUUGGGUCGGCCCACUGGAGGACCGAGAUAAAUUUGAUUGUGAUUUGGAGACUAAGUUUAAGACAUUGAGAGACACGAACCGUUUAAAGCAAUUCUCGGCACACAUUCAACAUCUCUUUGAAUCCGUGGAUCUAAUUCCAGAAAACUCGCGACUCUUAUUGAAUGCUUGGAAAGACUUUCUCAUAUCAAUAGCAAAGUUCGAUCCGUUCGGUCUGACCAAAGAGCUAAAGAUGAAUAUAAGCGAAGACAUAAUCGAUAGCCUUUUAGUCCAAUUGCGUAAACCACACGUCGAUAACAAUAUAAUUGCUAUCUUUGCCGAUAUUUUGUUGACUAUAUUUGACAAAUGGAAGGAAACGUGUAUUGAAUCACCAAAUGAAUGGCACUCACGAGUGGAACAGUUGCUCAAAUGUAUCGAAGAAGUGAAAGAGUCGGAUAGCAAGUUACACAACUUAAAAUUUAAACUAUCGGUGACUUCGAUUGCAUUACUGCAGACACUAGUGAAUCAAAACAGCACUCGUGUCUCCAUUUGGAUCCAAGUAUUGCGAACUCACUUCUUGAUGGAAUCGUUGGCCAAUCUAUUGAAUUACUUGAUUGAGAACAAACUCGGCGUUGAAUUAUCUGUUCAUAUAAUGUCACUGUUUGUCGAGUUGUCGUCAAUACAGUUAUCGGCCGAAGCGCUAUAUUUAACCGGUUUUGUCGACAAUUUGUGUAUUUCACUCCAAAACACAUACAUUACAACACCUGAUAAUGUCAUCACUAAAGACAAAUGCACUCCAACUGUAAAGUGGAUUAACGUCUUCUAUCUAUCGCUACGAAUGAUCACUAAUUUAGUCAAUCAAUUAAAACACCAUUUCGUGGACAUUGGCAUCACAUUCGUUGCCAUACAUUUGGAUCAUAUCAUUGAUAUAUUGACAAAAGUUCGCACUAAUCCCAAGACCGAAGAGAUUUACGAGUCGAUCCAAAUGAUUACUUUAUGUCAUUCGAUAUCACGCUAUCAUGAGGUGUGGCGAACACACCAUCACUCUUCGUUCCAAGAGAUUGAGCAGCAGAUCCUGAAGACUAGCCAUUCGGUGAUCGCUUUCCUAAUUAGACCCAACUUUUUGUCGUAUAUAAUGGAAAACCCCAACACUUCCGCAGCGAUUGUCGUGUCAUCGGAAGCGACUCCGAAGCGAGUGUCGCCGCCGACGACGACAAGCACUCCAUUCGAUGGCAAAGCGCUGCGAAAAUCUGUUUCGUGGGAACAGGAGUUCACCACACAUUCAAUUGACGCCAAACUUCUCGACUCUCUCUUCACAUUUCAAGCGUUUUCUGUUCAUAUAAUGUCACUGUUUGUCGAGUUGUCGUCAAUACAGUUAUCGGCCGAAGCGCUAUAUUUAACCGGUUUUGUCGACAAUUUGUGUAUUUCACUCCAAAACACAUACAUUACAACACCUGAUACUGUCAUCACUAAAGACAAAUGCACUCCAACUGUAAAGUGGAUUAACGUCUUCUAUCUAUCGCUACGAAUGACCACAAAUUUAGUCAAUCAAUUAAAACAUCAUUUCGUGGACAUUGGCAUCACAUUCGUUGCCAUACAUUUGGAUCAUAUCAUUGAUAUCUUGACAAAAGUUCGCACUAAUCCCAAGACCGAAGAGAUUUACGAGUCGAUCCAAAUGAUUACUUUAUGUCAUUCGAUAUCACGCUAUCAUGAGGUGUGGCGAACACAUCAUCCCUCUUCGUUCAAAGCGAUUGAGCAGCAGAUCCUGAAGACCAGCCAUUCGGUGAUCGCUUUCCUAAUUAGACCCAACUUUUUGUCGUAUAUAAUGGAAAACCCGAACACUUCCGCAGCGAUUGUCGUGUCAUCGAAAGCGACUCCGAAGCGAGUGUCGUCGCCGACGACGACGACAAGCACUCCAUUCGAUGGCAAAGCGCUGCGAAAAUCUGUUUCGUGGGAACAGGAGUUCACCACACAUUCAAUUGACGCCAAACUUCUCGACUCUCUCUUCACAUUUCAAGCGUUUUCUAUCGCUUUUCUGCAAAACAUUUCGCCAAACGUUUUGGUAUUAAUGGAAAGACAGGGUUUCGAUCCAAACGAUUGGAAACUACUCAUUAGAGCCAGUUUCUCGUCGCCAAACAUCGAUCCCAACUCAACGCUCAGUUUUGGUUCACUAAUCAAUUGCAUUCAUAUGUGUAUAAAGACAUUAAAUCGAAGAGAAAAGGAGAAACAGACACUGGAUUUUGUGGCAUUCAUUUUCGAGACCAGUCUCUCAUUUAUGGUGUCUCAGGCAAUGGUCGCGCAGUUGUCGUCAACCAUUCCCGAUGUCGACAAACAGAUUAUUGUCCGCGAAAUCAAAUCAGAACUCAGCACUAUACUGUCCAAUGUUGGCGGCGGUCGCACCCGACGUAUCUCACAGUCGCUGUCAGUGCUCUCCAGCCCUAAAAGUGCGGCCACUUCUCUAAUAGAGGAAAAAUAUGUCAAAUUUUUACUACAAUUCUUCGAUAAAAUAUCGCAAUAA